CUUCCAUUUGCAUAACACCACACUUCUCUUUCCUGUCUGCCACCAUUCCUCUGUCCAUCUUGUCCUGAUCCGUGUGGUUUGUUUUGCGUCUUCAUUCAUUCACGCCUAUUCUCUCAUGUGCGGUCUUUACUGGUUCUUUGCGUUAUCAAGCGCAGACAGAGAAGCAAGGAAAUUUGUUUUUUCCAGUUUAUUUGAUUUUGUACAAAAGAAAACCCCUGGAUCUGGAUGUUUUGACGAAUUUCUGACUAAGCUGGGCGAAUGAGGACAGGGGAAAUCUCUUUUUUUAAUUUAUUAUUUUACGCAUCAACAAUCGAGAAUUUGGAGAGAUCACUGAGAUGCGGAGGGAGUCGCGGUGGUGAUACAAGGAUUCAGUGAGAUUAUAGGGCAGUGUUAAGUUUGCUGAGGUAGAAUACCUGUCACAGGCGAGGAGGAAAAAUAAAAAGAAUACAGAAGAAGUGAGAAGAUACGCGUCAUUUCCAAGACACCAGCGCAACAAGCCGAGCCUGCUGUGUGGAUGGCACACGGAGUGUCUUGCUCUGUUGAAGUGGUGCAGGGUGGUCGGGCUGGGACCAGGAUCCAGCUGAGAUUCUGGGCUUUCUAGCAGCAUGAGGAAUAGGUCUAACUCCUGGGGACAUAACUCCACACGGGGCUGACUCUGUCAUCUGCACUCAGAGGUUUGCAUGAACUACAAACACCUUCCCGCCAACAUGAUUGUCAGCCCAUGUUUGUUCAUCUCCCUGUUGCUGGUUCUCCUCCCGGGAGUCGCUCACCUCUCCGAUGGCAGCCCCAGCUAUGAAGAGCCCAGCAGCUCUCCUGGAAACUGCUCCAGUGAGGAUAACUGCUCAGAGGGUGUGGUGCUGCCUAUGUGGAAUCCCCAGAACCCUGCCGUUGGCGACAAGGUGGCCCGGGCCAUUGUUUACUUUGCGGCUCUUAUAUACAUGUUCCUGGGCAUGUCCAUCAUUGCUGAUCGCUUCAUGUCUUCAAUUGAGGUCAUUACCUCCCAGGAAAAGGAGAUCACCAUCAAAAAGCCAAACGGUGAAACCACAACGACUACUGUGCGCAUCUGGAAUGAGACAGUGUCCAAUCUGACGCUAAUGGCGCUCGGCUCAUCAGCACCAGAGAUCUUGCUCUCUGUCAUUGAAGUGGUUGGACACAACUUUGAAGCCGGAGCUCUGGGGCCCAGCACCAUCGUGGGCAGCGCCGCGUUCAACAUGUUCAUAAUCAUUGCUAUCUGCGUGUACGUGGUGCCAGAAAGUGAGACCCGCAAGAUAAAACACCUGAGGGUAUUUUUUGUCACGGCUGCCUGGAGCGUGUUCGCCUACAUCUGGCUGUACCUCAUCUUAUCUGUGUUCUCCCCCGGAGAGGUGGAGGUAUGGGAGGCUGUCCUCACCUUCCUCUUUUUCCCUCUCUGUGUGCUGCAAGCAUGGAUCGCAGACAGACGCCUGCUCUUCUACAAGUAUGUCCACAGACGUUACCGUGCCGACAAGUCCCGCGGCAUCAUCAUCGAAUCGGAGGGUGAUGCCAUGUUCACUAAGAUGGACUUGGAGAUGGACGGGCAGGGGGCAAACUCCCACACUCACACCAAGGAGGCUCUGGAUGGGAUGCUGGAGGGGGUGGAGGAAGGUGGAGGAAUGAGUCCAGAGCAAGAUCAGGAAGAAGAAGCUCGUCGGGAGAUGGCGCGAACUUUGAAGGAGUUGAAACAGAGACACCCAGAGAAAGACAUGGAGCAGCUGAUCGAGAUGGCCAACUACCAAGUGUUGGUCCAGCAGCAGAAGAGUCGAGCCUUCUAUCGCAUCCAAGCCACACGCAUGAUGAUCGGAGCAGGAAAUAUCCUGAAGAAGCACGCCGCUGACCAGGCCAGAAAGGUGGUGAGCUGUCACGAGGCCAGCGGACAAGAGGAGGAUCCCAACACCAUCUACCUACAGUUUGAGCCCUCUCACUACCAAUGCUUUGAGAACUGUGGUUCCCUGAAGCUCUCAGUGAGCCGGCACGGAGGAGAAGCCGGCUGCACUGUGAAGGUGGACUACCGGACAGAGGACGCAACAGCCACUGCGGGCUCAGACUACGAAUUCGCCGAGGGCACUUUGGUCUUCAAGCCUGGCGAAACAACAAAAGAGUUCACCGUCGGCGUUAUUGAUGAUGACAUUUUUGAAGAGGAUGAACACUUUUACGUGCGCCUCAGUAACCCACGCAUUGUCCACCGGGCAGAGGUCUCUAUCCUGGAGCCGAGCUCCAUCACCUCCAGCAACAGCACCGUUGGCUUGUCUUCUCAUGGUCCACCAAAGGCGACCCUGGGCAACGCUCCCAUCGCCACCGUCACCAUCUAUGAUGAUGACCAUGCUGGCAUCUUUACAUUUGAGAGCAAGUCGACAAGGGUCAGUGAGAGCAUCGGUAACAUGCAGGUGAAGGUUCACCGGACGUCCGGGGCGAGGGGGAAGGUGGCCGUUCCCUACCACACUGUUGAGGGCACCGCCAAAGCGGGGGAGGACUACGAAGAAGUAUCUGGCAAGCUGGAGUUUCAAAACGAUGAGACCAUGAAGUUGCUAAAUGUGAAGAUCAUUGAUGAUGAAGAAUACGAGAAAAACAAGACAUUCACCAUUGUGUUGGAGGAGCCCAUUCUGUUGGAGGUGGGCCAGAGACACGGGGACACUAAUGAUAACAAGACAGCAGUGGGACCAGAGGAUGUGUCAAAGAUGGGUUGUCCCAGUCUUGGGGAACACACUAAGCUGGAGGUAGUCAUUGAGGAGUCUUAUGAAUUCAAGAGCACAGUGGACAAGCUGAUCAAGAAAACCAACCUGGCCCUGGUGGUGGGGAGCAGCAGCUGGAGGGAGCAGUUCGUCAGUGCCGUCACCGUCAGUGCAGGCGAUGACGACGAGGAGGAAAGCGGCGAAGAACGACUACCAUCCUGCUUUGAUUACAUCAUGCACUUCCUGACCGUUUUCUGGAAAGUCCUUUUUGCUUUUGUCCCGCCGACUGAAUACUGGAACGGCUGGGCCUGCUUCUUUGUCUCCAUUUCCCUCAUUGGUGUUCUGACAGCCGUGACCGGGGACUUGGCCUCACAUUUCGGCUGCACGGUGGGUCUGAAAGACUCGGUUACAGCGGUGGUGUUCGUGGCCCUCGGCACCUCUGUCCCAGACACGUUUGCGAGUAAGGUGGCUGCCAUUCAGGAUCAGUAUGCUGACGCCUCCAUCGGGAACGUGACGGGCAGCAACGCGGUGAACGUGUUCCUGGGCAUCGGAGUGGCGUGGACCAUUGCAGCAACUUACUGGCAAACCAAAGGCAAGGCGUUUGAGGUGAACCCGGGCUCCCUGGCCUUCUCUGUCACCCUCUUUACUGUUAUGGCACUAGUGUGUGUGCUGGUGCUGCUCUACCGCCGACGUCCCAGCGUGUCAGGUGGAGAACUUGGGGGCCCACGGACAGCCAAGCUCCUCACCGUCUUCCUGUUCCUGUCCCUCUGGUUCAUCUACAUCCUGUUGGCCUCCUUGGAGGCCUACUGCCACGUGCCUGGCUUCUGAGACCGAGGGAAAAAGCACAGACGCGACUAGUCUCCUACUUUUCACAGUCUAACGAACAUGUUUUCUCUGUUUUUGUCUAUUUUCGCAACAGUUUAUAACUAUUUGUAUAAUCACUGAUAAUCUGUUUGAUUAUGUAACUUUAUGGACUUUUGAACUUUGUUACCACUGACGAUGCUGUGAAAUUUAGCUUUAGCCUCUGAAAUUAAGCUUUUCUCAACUUUUAUUCUCAUGAUUAAAUUCUGUUACAUAGGUCAUUUAUUAAUCAUUAAUUUGAUCUUUAAAUGUAUCAGCAGUAGAGCCUCGUUGUGCGUUUGGGGGCUCAGAAAGCGCAAAAUUGGUGUGCAGUCAUCAUCACGUGAUGAAGUGUAAAGAUGGGAAAGGUUUUCUUGUUUUUGUUUCAGAUCAACAAAUACAUUUCAAAUUCAAUGAUCGUCAAUAAACACAAAAUAUCAUUUUUAAAAGAAGGUUUAAUUUACUAAGGAGAAAGGAAUUAUUCAAACCAAUCAGGAUCAGUGUUAAAAGGCAGUUUGUGCCUUGUUAAAUCAAGAAGUACUUUGAUUAAUCACACCAUAUAAAAGCUGAGUUCUGUUUAACCAGCCACUCCUACUCAGGCCUGAUCACUACCAGAGUUUUAGAAACAAUAAAUGACUUCAACAGAGCAUGUCUGGUAACAUAAAGCUGGCUAAAAGAUCUCAAAAAUCAGCACAUCCUGCGCUGAUCCACUGAAAUUCAAGAACUACAGAACCCAUAACAGCAUUAAAGUACUGCUGUCCUGAUUUUGUCAUGGUUGGACAUUAAAGCUGCAUUAGCAAAUCUACAGAACAGGCUAGGUUUUGAAUUCAAACAACCCUGCGAUGCUAAAGCCCCCACAGACCAAAGUCAACUUAAAAAAUCCUAUUUAGCAAUUACCAAAAGGCGUCAUUAUGACUCCCUAGACUUGGGGGAAAACGUUCUAAGUGUUCCAUUACAUCUUGUAUAGAAUUAACACCGCAUUGUAGAAAGACAACAUACCAACAGGGAAACAUGGUGGUGGCAGUGUGAUGUUUUGGGGACCUUGAUGACUUCUUUAAAUUCCCCAAAAAUGCUGACAAAAUUAUGCCUAAAACUAUUUUAAACUGAAUCUAGUCAUGUUUGUCUAAUAUUGUAAUUGGUUUACUGAUCCAAAACAUUCUAAUGUGAUCAAAAACAAAGAGAAGUAAAAACAGAAGGACUGUAAGUGAAGUGUAAUCAUUCAUGAUUCUUCAUAUUUUGAUGGAAGUUAAUAAAUAAAGAGAUUAAGGUGGUGCAUGGGAUUACCUUAUACAGUAUCUGACGUUGAUAUAGGAUGAGAGAUUGCGGUAAAAGGUGAAGUGUACUUGUAUGAUAAUAUUUAGUAAUAAAUCUACUCAGUAAAUAUUCUUUGUAUAUGAUGUAUAAGAUGAACAUUGUACGUUGGCGUUUUGUGGACAAUUUUGCAUGUGAUCAGGUUUCUUGGUAAUCUUUUCUAAAGUGGUGUGUGUGUGAUAUUUUAACAUGGAUAUUGAACUGUUGAUGUUUUUCUGAACAUGUGGAUCACAGCUGGAUAAUAGUCUCCUCACUGCCUGGUGCCCAGUCCUUCAAAACCCUCUCCAUCACUUCCAAAUAACCGGCUUUUUAAAUGUGAAUUUUUUUUCUUAUUCUUUUUACAACAUUGGUCAAGAAAGCCCACUUCUACUUGUACACAGUCUUUAGGUGAAUUUAUGAAUUUUAGAUAUGUUUGUUUGUAACUGGUGCACCUUCGCACCUCCUCUCUCUCCGGCACCAAGAACACCUCUUUUUCUCCACUGGAAAGUGCACAGACUUUACAUUUGUCACUGUGAACAUUUUCCAACACAGUCACUUUUAGAGAAAACAAAGCACAGCAGCGAGAAAAGGGAUGUAUUUCACACAAGACCUUGGAUCUUCAUCACAGCAAAAUCACCAACCGGUUCAUCAUCUCACAUGAAAUGAUGUGUUUGAAGAUGUGUACAGCAUCUCUUGAGAGUGUCUUACUGUUACACAGCGACUGAAGAGUUUAUUUCUUAUUUUACCUGUCUGUGGAGCCAUAUUUAUUGUAACUGUAUUCCAGUAGAGGUAUUUAUGAUCUAUUUAAUUUUAUUGAUGUGCACGCUUAAUGUACAAAAAGUGGAAAUAAAUGUUGCUAAUUUA